AUGUCUCCACAUACAAUAGACCCUGCCUGGCCUCCAGGAACGGUUAAACUUGAGGACAUCACGCCCUCGGGUGAUUCCGCGGAGGUGAUUCUUGAGCCAAAACCGACAAAUGAUCCAAACGAUCCCCUGAUAGCUAACAUUGCGACCGAUCAGAACUGGCCACAAUGGAGGAAACACCUGAACUUUGCAUUUGUUUCCUACUAUGUGAUGAUGGUCCUGGCAUUCAUCGAUGUCGCCACAGUCACUUGGGGCUCAGUAAACGCAGACCUGGGCUUCAGCUUCGGCCUACUGAACGAUAGUUAUGCCGCCGGCUGCGGAUCACUGUGCAUCGGUGCCGUGAUUCUCGUACCCUUCGCCCUCAAGUUCGGAAGACGACCAGUCUACGUCCUUAGCACUGCCGUUCAGUGUGGAGUCAGCGUCUGGUGCGCGAGGAUGCAGAAUGUGGCAGAUUUAAUGCUGACCAAUAUUCUGAGCUGCAUCGUUGGAGCCCUGGCAGAAGUUCUGGUUCAAAUGACAGUGGCUGAUGUCUACUUUGUUCACGAGCGCGGCAUGAUGAACACUAUCUACUUCUGGUUUACGACGGUUGGUGUGACUCUAGCACCGCUUGCCGGUGGAUACAUUACUCUUUCCCAAGGUUGGAGAUGGGUCUGGUGGUGGAUGGCUAUUCUCUUAGGAUUUGGCCUCGUGGCUCUCCUUUUCUUCUACGAGGAGACUAUGUUCUAUGCCGAGACCAUUGACGGCAUUCCCGUCCACCAGAAGCUGGCUCCGGCAUCGAACAGUGGUAAAGAAGACUCUGAAGCGCUGCCUUCAAAAACUCUGGACAUCACCCUUGAUGGACCUCAGCCCGAGGCUGUCCAAAUCGAUUACUCCAUUCCCAAGAAAACCUACUGGAAAAAGCUGGCACUGUGGGCCAAUUCACCAAUAUCAUUCGGCCAGUUCGCCAAGCACAGCUACCAGCCCUUCUUAAUCAUGUUCAGCAUUCCAGGCGUCUUCUACAUGGCUCUCGAAUACGGCAUCAUGACUGCAUGCACGACAGUUCCUGUAACAACACUCUCUACAGUCAUGACACUCCCACCUUACAACUUUGGUUCCGCACAAAUCGGUCUUAUGGGACUUCCGCCCUUCAUUGGAACGAGCAUUGCGACUCUAAUCACAGGACCGUUGAGCGACAAGAUCGCCAUCUACCUCGCAAAAAGAAACGGAGGCAUCUUUGAACCGGAGAUGCGGCUUUGGCUUUGUCUAGCAUUUACCCCGUUUGUUCCAGCGGGCCUUUUCAUGUUUGGAAUCGGUCUUAAUAAUGGGUCGCAUUGGCUUCUUCCAGCAUUUGGACUUGGAGUCAGCUCAUUCGGGGUCGUUCCAGCUAGCAGUGCUGCGCUGACCUAUCUUACCGAUUCAUACACUGAUAUCAUUGCGGACUCGAUCGUUAGUGUCACUGUCAUUCGCAAUCUCAUUUCUACCAUGUUUGUCUUUGCUCUUCAGCCAUGGUGCGACCGUGUCGGCUUGACUUGGUUCUAUGUGACAUUCGGCUUGAUUGUGGGAGUGAUUAUGCUUGGGAACCUUAUUUUCAUCUAUUAUGGAAAGACGUUCAGAGUGAAGAGUGCAGGCAGGUAUCGUCAUUUUAGUACUCAGAAAACAUUUUGA